AUGAGUCGACGUCGCCGACCGCCGCUGUUAUUGCUGCUGCUUCUGAAUUUCCUGACGUCUUCUCGGGCUUCCGAGCCGAUUCUAGACGGCCUGACGACGUCAACCGAGGCCUUGAAGACCUUGAAAGGCCAUGAGAGACAUGGUGAAUCGAGUUUUUGGAGGAAAAUAAAAGCAAAAAUGUUUACGACCUGGGGUAGAAUUGAACCCUUGACCUUGUGGGCGUUAGGCAAGAUUGCUACCGAUUGCGCUAUGGUGAACAGAUCCAGCGGAUGUUUGUACUGGAGUUAUGAUAGGCGCCUGUAAGACUUCAAAUCUUUAAGGGACCCCUAAGGAGUUUUUUAAAACUGGGUAAGUGCGCUCCAUGGAUAAAAACGGGGUAAGUGCGCUCCAUGGAUAAAUCAAGGGAAUCUUCGCAGUUUUUCUUAUUUCUGGCCUUUUUCUUUGAUAAAGAGUCUAAUUUUCAGAGAACAUCACGAUACCUACAACUCCAAUCGAAGAAGAAGAAGAAAAAGAAGAAGAAAAAGUUGAAAGGGAACUUUUGCCCAUGGAAAGGUUGAAACGGGCCUUCGGGCGGAACGAUUACCUACUGCCCGAAAAUUUCAAAACGCUGAGAAGGGCCGAUAUUCCAGUGACUUAUCGGCUACAUGACGACCUGUUGAGAUAUUACAGGUUGGGUUUAUUUUUCGGAUCCUUGAAAAAUGGGGAAAAACGAGGUUUUUCUGUUCAGAAAUUCAAACUUCAGUUUUAGUCUUUACUUGAUAAUACUGGGUUUUCCUUUCGAGAGGAGGUUUCGGAAACUGCGCUCCAUAGAUAAAUCUUCGAUUUUUUGCGCAACAUUCUUGUGACUGUGUUGUAAAAUUACAAGUUUGCUCCAUUGAUAAAUUUAGUUGAUUUUUUUUUUUGAAGAUGGUUAUACAAUAUUUGAAAGAAUAGAAAGAUAAACUUUGAUCGAGAAAAUAAGACCGAAAAAUGACUGUUUUUUCAAUUGCUGAAAUUCUCAUUAGAGCAACUUAACUGGGAAAAAACGGCCAAGUAGGCUUUCUUCAUCUGGUUUUUCACGUUUUUCAUGGUUUUUAAAGUUAGAAAAGUUUUUUGCAAUGAAAAUGAAGCCAUAGGAUUAAAAAGUUUUUGGUUAGAAGAAUUCUAAAUUAUCCUUAGAGCACCAUUGACUGAGAAAAAACGGCCAAAUUUCUUCAUUUUUCUCCCAGUUUCCCAUGUUUUCUUGUUAUUAAAAGUCUAAAAAACAGUUAUUGACCAAAUUAUCCUUAGAGCAUCAUUGACUCCGAAAAAACGGCCAGAAUUCUUUAUUUUCCUCUCUGUUUUCCAUUAUACUUGCUUUUCAAAAGAACGACUUGAGAAAAUCAGAAAAAGUAUUUUCCGGCUAGAAUAAUCACAAAUUAUCCUUAGAGCAUCAUUGACUGAGAAAAAAGGCCAAAUUUCUUUAUUUUUCUCCCAGUUUCCCCAUGUUUUCUUGUUGUUAUUGUGUACUAAAAGCGUCGUGAGAAGGGCAAUCCGACUCGAUAUCUGGAAAGACACAUGUCCAUUCGGCAUCUAUAUGGAGGUCGUUGUGUGUGUGUGGUUGGCAAAAAGGAGAAUCCGGGGGGCCAUAAUAGGUUUAUCUCGGAUAGGUUCUUCUCCGAGUAGGUUUCUGGUGGUCGUGGGUGCCUUUUGGAAAAAUAGAAAACGAAAAAAAACGAAAUUUUUCCGCAGUCGAAGAGCCAAAAUGACGUGUUUUUCUCUUUUUUUGGCCCCUUCGAACCUAAAAUUGGUCUUGUCUUUUCCUCCCCCCUUCUUUUUUGACUGACUCGGUCUGAAAGGAAUGUUUUUCCAAAGAGCGGUUGAGUUAUGGGGAACCUGAAAAAAAUGUAUAUUUCAGUGGUUUUUGAAGGAAAAAUAGGAGAAAAAAAUGAAUUUUUAUCAGUGGAGCGAAGAUAUGUUGGAUAAGAAGCCUAAUCAAAAAAAUUACACUUUAAAAAUGUUUUUUUUAAAUGAAUUAAUAUGAAUAUUUCAUCAAAGAAAGUUCAAAUUUAAAAAAACACCACAAAAAAAUUUUUGUCAAUGGAGCGCAUUUUCACUGAAAAAUUUGGCCUUCCUUGAUUUUAAUUUGAACUUUCUGUUUAACUUGUUUUUUUCAAAUGAUCUUCGUUUAAACUUGCUGGAAUAUUAAUAAAAAUCAUAAAAAUCAUGGAUUUUAUCAGUGGAGCACAGUUGUGUUGAAAAAAACAUCGAAUCUGAAAUUUCAGCCUAAAUUUUAUUUUUUUCAUUUUCCGUCCGAUUAGGUCUAUUUUGAAAUCGGAGCUCUGUUAAAAAUUUAAUGAAUACUAUGAAGUGAUUUCCUGUUGAAUUAUUUUGAAAAACGUUUAGUUUUCAAGUUUAAAAAUCCGUUUCUAUCAAUGGAGCACAGUUAUGCUGAAAAAAUCGCUCCCGAGCUUGCUUUUCCCAAAGCCUCAAAAGUUUCGAGUAUUCUAAUGAAUUGAUUUUUUUAUCUGUGCGUGUUAGCUUCAUGUAUCAAGAAAAAAAUAAGAUUAAUGAGGGAAAUUAGGGAAAAAUUAAAAACUUUUUAUAAUAAAAAUGAAAAAUUUCAGAAAAAGGCACUCGACCCGUCACGCAUCCGAGCAAGCUGGUUUCCGUUUCGAUGAGCGUUUUUCUCUAUCAAAUCGUUAAAUUGGUGAGUUUUCCACUGGAAAAGGUUGAUUUUCGAGUUUCAUUUAUAAUACUUGUUCAAAAGUCUAGUAGUUUAAUUAAAACAGCCCCAAGUUCUCAUCAGGAUCGGAAAUCGUGACCCUCUGAGCCGUAUUUCGCGAUCUUAGCCACUCGACGUUGUUGACAUUUUUGCUCUUUCUCUUUCUAUAUGAUGACCUCCAUUGAAUCGCUGAAAAAACCUCCACGUGGAAUCGAACUUUUGACCUUUUGAGCCCCGGCCAGAAGUCUUAGCCACUCGACCAAAUGGCCAAAGUUGUUUUUGUGCUCUUUUUAUCAUUAGCUCUAUGGAAUCGCUGAGAAGACCUUCAUAAUGACCGAACUUUUGACCUAUUGAGCCUCGGGCAGAAGCUUUAGCCACUUGACCAAGUGGUCCAGAUUGUUUGAGAUGGAAUCGCUGAGAAAACCUCCAUGGGGAUUGAACUUUCGACUCUCUGAGCCUCGACCGGAAGUCUUAGCCACUUGACCAAAUUGCCAAAGUUGUUUUUGGGCUCUUUUUCAUCGUUUCCUCUGGUGGUAUAAAAAAAACACCAGCGAAAAUUUAAACGGCGACUUUUCCGAUUUUUUCAUAUCGUUAGGGAACUUUCCGACGGCCACCUUUCCGACGAAUCUUUUUCCGACUUUUUUUUCUCGAUAAAUAUUCGUUUUAAAUCUCCCUAUAUAAAGUAGGUAGUUGGUUAAUGAUUAAAAACACAAAGAAAUAGAAAAAAAAACAAUGUUUAUAGAUGUUUUAUAAACCGAAAAACUUAAGGGAAAAAAGUCGGAAAGGGAUCCGUCGGAAAGGUGGCCGUCGGAAAGUUCCCUAGCGAUAUGA